GCUUUUCUGCCUGCGCGGGUAGCGCGGGGGUUGCUGUUGGGCGUACGGCGCCUGCGUGGAGCUGGAGCCUGAGGCGAGGGGCCGGACCAGGCGAGGGUUGUAGGGGCCGUGCGCCCAGAGGACAGGGGAGGGCCGGGCUGGCUCCGGGACACCGGCAACGACGACUCACCGAGCGAGCGCCUGGGCCUGAGGGGAACGAUGCUGUGGUUCCAGGGCGCCAUUCCGGCCGCCAUCGCGUCGGCUAAGAGGAGCGGCGCGGUCUUCGUAGUGUUUGUGGCAGGUGAUGAUGAGCAGUCUACACAGAUGGCUGCAAGUUGGGAAAAUGAGAAAGUGACAGAAGCAUCUUCAAACAAUUUUGUUGCUAUCAAAAUUGAUACCAAAAGAGAUCAGAAGAGGACAUCCAAUCCCUUGCCUUUUGCUGUGACGACUAGUUUUUUCACAAAAAAAGCUUCUGAUUGGGAUAGUAAAUUCAAUGAAAGCAACUUAGGAAUAUGGGUGAAUUCAUCUAAUCCUGUAGUGUGUGUUCCAUCCAGUUUCUUUAUUGGAGAAAGUGGAAUCCCUUUGGAAGUAAUAGCAGGAAGUAUUUCUGCAGAUGAACUUGUUACAAGAACACAAAGACUGUGGCAGACUAAAUUGAUGCACUCAUCAAAAGGUGAAAUAACAAAGACAAAUGACAACCAGUCAGAAAGCUCCAUGUCUACUCCAUCUGCCUCAUUUGAACCUAAUGAUAUGUGUGAAAACGCUCAAUCCAGAAAUACAGAGCUUUGUGGGAUACCAGCUACUUCUGACACAAAGUUAGAUACUGCAACAGGAGGAGAAAGUUCAGGCUAUGACAGCCCCUCUCAGGAGCCUAGUGGAUGUUCAACUCAGAGACCUGCAGAAGACCUUACUGUCAGAGUGGAAAGACUAACAAAAAAACUUGAAGAGAGGAGAGAAGAGAAAAGGAAAGAGGAAGAACAGAGAGAGAUUAAGAAGGAAAUUGAGAGGAGAAAAACUGGAAAAGAAAUGUUGGACUAUAAAAGGAAACAAGAAGAAGAAUUAACAAAAAGAAUGUUAGAAGAAAGAAAUAGAGAAAAGGCAGAAGAUAGAGCAGCUCGAGAGCGUAUAAAACAGCAGAUUGCAUUGGAUCGUGCAGAAAGAGCUGCUCGUUUUGCAAAGACUAAGGAAGAAGUAGAGGCUGCCAAAACUGCUGCUUUGCUGGCCAGACAGGCAGAGGCAGAAGUCAAGAGGGAGACUUGUGCACGAGACAGAAGCACCAUUGCAAGAAUUCAGUUCCGGCUACCUGAUGGUUCUUCCUUUACAAAUCAGUUUCCUUCCAGUGCUCCUCUAGAAGAAGCAAGGCAGUUUGCUGCACAGACUGUUGGCAACACUUAUGGCAAUUUUUCACUAGCAACCAUGUUUCCCAGGAGGGAAUUUACCAAAGAAGAUUAUAAAAAGAAAUUACUGGAUUUGGAGCUUGCCCCGAGUGCUUCAGUGGUACUAUUGCCAGCAGGACGGCCAGCCACAUCCAUUGUACACUCUUCCAGUGGAGACAUUUGGACGUUGUUGGGGACAGUGCUUUAUCCAUUUCUGGCCAUCUGGAGACUUAUUAGCAAUUUCUUAUUUAGUAGUCCUCCUUCUGCACAGACUUCAGCAAGAGCUACAUCUCCAGAACCCUCAAACUCUGCAUCAUCCAACAAGUCAGAGAAAAGGGAACCAGUUCGAAAAAGAGUGCUGGAAAAACGAGGGGAAGACUUUAAGAAGGAAGGGAAAAUAUACAGAUUGAGGACUCAAGAUGAUGGUGAAGAUGAAAAUAACACUUGGAAUGGAAACUCCACGCAGCAGAUGUAGUACACAGUGUGUACAGCAACCAUUGUUUCUCUUAGGAUUUCAUUCAGCUCAAUUUCUGCUGGAGAAGGGAGUCUGUUUAUGUUUUACAGACCAUCUAGAAAGUGUCUGUUUAUUCUGCAUAGUGGGUAUGAGUUAAAGUUAUUUAACCCCAAAAAGUCAAGAUAGGAGUUAAUUGGAUGCUAGGUCCUUGCAUAGGGUAACCAGCUGCUCAACCUAAAAGAACCUGGAGGCCUGCGUAGCCUCCAGUCAGCUCUUACUGGUAUUUCACAUGCUAGCCCUAUGCUCAAACAAUGUUUCAUAUAGAAUACUUUUUGUUGCAAAACUCUUAAGCCCAAGCAAAGCAAUUGGUAUGUCACAGAGUAAUUUGACCCUUAAGCACUUUGACUAGCCAAGUAAUAACUGAUGUUAAUAUUUCUCUUUGCACUCAUCAGCUGCAAAUAGAAUCUUGUAGCUUUUGAUCUUACUCAAACACUGAAUAAAGAAUAUUUUCUAAAAGUCAGAAUGAUCUUAUUUUUGCUAUAAUCACUUUUUGGUUGUACAGGGCUCUGUUGAGGUCACUUUUGUCUUGAUUUUUGGGUCCGUCCUCUCCCCCCACCCCGCCCACCCCAGUGCUGCCCUGAAGAUGUGGCUACCUUACUUUAAAUAUCACUGAAGGAACUCUGGUACAAGAGAGAUGCCACACUUUGUUUCUCCUCGGUCACUGAGGCAUCCCUUUGUUGGCUUAUCUUAUAAUCUGUUCUGAUGCCAAAGAGAUGAGAAAGGCUAGUCUACAACUUAGUUUUCUCUCACACAUUUGUUUUGCAGUUUUGCAUUCAGUAAUUGCAGUUCUAGGUUACUGUGGUGUAGACUGUGGGGUAGUAAACAAAGAACCUUUACUUCUUUGGUUAUUCUCAAGAAAUUGGAAGAGAUUCUUAAUCUGACUUAACAGUCUGCUUUAUUGUCUAAAGUAUUGAUGUUCAAGAAACAGGGUAGGUGUGACCAUUCUUCUAUUUUUAGAUUGAAGGUCAUGUUCUUGAGUUUGGGGGUGGGGCGGGAGAGACUCUGACUUGAAUUUGGUUGGGGGAGAAAGAGACUUUCUCACCUGUAGAGUAACAGACUUUAAAAUGGUAACAGUGCUGACGGGGAAGUAGUGAGAUGGGCUGUACUGUUGGGAGGAAUAAAUCCAAUAUAACCUUCCUCAAAACAUUAUCAGACGCUUUUAAAUGUUUUAUAGUUUGACACAAUAAUUUUUUUCUAAGAAAUUAUCAUAAGUACAGAAAAUUUAACUAUAAAUAAGACU